AUGUCAGAACCGCUGCAUACCGAACCCGUUUCGCCCAAGGCCACACCUCUACCUCCGCUGCCAUCUGAGGAUCCGCUAACGCCGGCACAAUGGGCGACGUUUUUUGCUAUCGCAGAUGUAGUGAUUCCGGCCAUCAAGCCCAUGUCCACUGCCAAGGUGCAUACCGAAGUCGCUGUUACCGACACCGACUACUCGACCGCCGUCGGCACCCUGAAGGCGCGUACGCCCGCGAAUGACCCAGACGCUGAGACGGCCGUCAAAGAGUACUUGGAAGAUUAUGCCAGUCGGGACCCGGCGUUUCGCGCCGAGAUGCAGAGGGUCUUUGCAAUGUAUCUGCCUCAGAGCCAGAAGAAAGACCUAUGCAUGAUACUCAAUGUCCUCAACACCAGAGCUGGCUCUUUGUUCUUGACCGGCCAUGUCACACCCAUCAGCGAGCAGCCGCUUCACAUUAGGGAGUCGAUUCUCAAUGGCUGGGCUACUGCGCGCCUGGGAGUGAUCCGCCAAAUCCGCCGUUCACUCACCAUACUUACUAAGCAAGCCUGGAUCAAGACGUCCCUUCCACUGCGACGCGUCAUGGGUAUCCCGCGUGUGCCCAUUGGAAUGAAACCUGACAAGGGCUACGACUAUGAAUUCAUACAAAUACCCCCAGGUGACAUGCCAGAAAUAAUCGAGACGGACGUGAUCGUCGUGGGCAGUGGUUGUGGAGGCGGUGUGUGCGCCAAGAAUCUGGCGGAAGCCGGACAUCGUGUCUUGAUCGUGGAAAAGUCGUACCAUUGGACACCCGACCAUUUCCCCAUGAUCGAGGUCGAUGGCUGGCAUCAUCUCUUCAUGAGCGGCUCGUUCUUGUCAUCGGACGACUCUACAAUGACCAUUGUAGCGGCUGAGACAUGGGGCGGUGGAGGCACUGUCAAUUGGUCUGCUUCUCUACAGACCCAAGGCUACGUCCGUCGCGAAUGGGCAGCACGGGAUCUACCGUUUUUCACCUCUGCAGAAUUCCAGAAUUCGCUAGAUCGUGUGUGCGGUCGAAUGGGCGUUUCGACCGAGCACAUCAAGCACAAUCGUUGCAACGAAAUGUUGUUGGAGGGGGCCAGGAAGCUCGGCUGGACUAACAAGGCCGUUCCGCAAAACACCGGAGGAAACCAGCACUACUGCGGCUUCUGCAGCUUUGGCUGCGGUUCCUGUGAGAAGCAAGGCCCGGUAGUGUCCUGGUUGCCCGAUGCUGCUCGCGCCGGCGCCAAAUUCAUCGAGGGCUUCCACGCUGAAAAAAUAAUCUUCACUAAGCAGGACGGCAAGCAGGUAGCGACAGGCGUGUUGGGCACCUGGACGUCCCGCGACAUCAACGGCGGUGUCAGUGGUGCCCCUCUAACGCGCCGCCGUGUCUGCAUUCAAGCCAAGCGCGUCAUCGUCUCAGCAGGCACUAUGCAGUCACCGCUUUUGCUUCUUCGCUCUGGUCUCAAGAACCCGCAGAUAGGCCGUAAUCUCUAUGUGCAUCCUGUCACUUUCCUAGGUGCUUAUCACAAUGAAGAUAUCAAGCCGUGGGAGGGCGGCAUCUUGACGGCUGUGUGUAGUGAGUAUGAGAAUCUCGACGGCAAAGGCCACGGCGUCAAGCUAGAAGCCACAAACAUGGUCCCUUCGUCGUGUCUCAUGUGGGUUGACUGGAGGAGUGGGUUGCAGUACAAGCUCGAUUCUGCUCGACUGAGGAACUCGGUGGGCUACAUUUCGAUUGCGCGAGAUCGCGAUACAGGCAGAGUGUAUCCCGAUCCCGUAGAUGGACGAGUGCGUUUCCAGUACCACCCCAGCAAGUUCGACAAGCACAGUAUGAUGGAGGGUGUCAUUGCACUAGCCAAGAUCCAGUAUGUCGAAGGCGCACAAGAGAUUUUCACAUUUAUACCAGGCAUGAAGCCCUUCAUCCGCAGCCCAUCUACCCCACCAGGCGACGGUAUCAACGACGCAGCCUUCCAAGCCUGGCUCACAGAGGUCAGGGCACGAGGCUUCCCAUCACCCGAAAGCAUGUUUGUGUCUGCGCAUCAGAUGGGUACGUGCCGCAUGAGUGCGCGGUCCAAGGACGGCGUCGUAGAUCCCCACGGCAAAGUCUGGGGCACAGAGGGUCUGUACGUGGCCGACGCCAGUGUGUUUCCUAGCGCAAGUGGGGUCAAUCCCAUGGUUACCAACAUGGCCAUUAGCGACUGGAUCAGUAGAGGCAUCGCUGAUGGCAUGGAGGAGCGGCCAAGGUUGUAA